GUGGGCCACAUCAGUGGGCCACAUCAGUGGGAAACACCACGACCAUUGACUGCUCGCUGAGGUAAACAUCGUACCAGUAAAGCCCCUAUCGCUCUUCACCGUGGUGAAUCAACCGGAAGUUAAAUCUCCUGGUCCUGCCCGGUGAUGUUGCGCGUGUUCAUCUCGAGCCUCAAGCCUCGAGCCGAACUUCGUCGCAUCAGACUCUGUGGCACCACGUUUCCAAUGAAAAAAUGGCCACUGCUGGCUCCAGCCUGGUACAUAGACAACGCGCAAAGUAUCAGAGAUCACGGGCAGUCAAAUCGAGGGUUCGCUCGGGCUGCGUGACAUGUGAGAUAAGACACGUUAAGUGCGACGAAAAAAAACCAGUUUGCGACAGAUGUGCAAACGCCGGCUAUGAGUGUGAUGGAUAUUGCUAUAACACUCUUGCACGAAAAUCUUCAUCGAAUCCGUUUCAACCUGCUGGAGCCAACAUCAAGAACCCGCGUGUCCCCAUACCAAGAGCAAAGAGUCUUAGCAACUCCGAACUUAUCGUACAACCAUCAGCAGGCCCAAGAUUCGAGUCCGAGAUGGAGCAUCGAUGCUUCCUCGUCUUCCAGGAAAACGCCGCUUCCCAGCUAUCAGGAUACUAUGAGUCUUCAGUAUGGGAUCGCGUCGUCCUUCAGGCCUGUCAUGAGGAACAAUGGGCCAGGAAGGUAGUUGUGGCUAUCGGAGCACUCCAUCACCAUCGGACACUAAGCACCGAGCCCGCUCGUGGACCUGGAGAGAGAGAGAGGGAGAGAAAGAGUCACUACCUCUUCGCACUGCAACAGUACGGAACGGCACUGGGACAAUUAAGAACCAUCGCAGGACAACAACUUCAAUCAGAACCUCGACUUCGACACGCCUUGAUCGCAGCCCUUCUUACAACAUGCUUCGAAACUUACAUCGGCGAUCAAGACGGAGCUAUCGCGCAGGCGAAAGUCGGCAUAGACCUCCUGCUCAAGUGGACUAAACAAAAAGAUCCUGAAAACGACUCGUUGGAUGAGUGGUCUCGUAUCCGGCGCGCGGCAGCUCGAUCUCCUUACCUAGACGAGGGUCUUCUAAGUGCAUUCCAACGGCUUGACUAUCAUGUCCUACUAUGCAGAGGCGCUGAACCUGGCCGGGAUCACCCUCAAUCGUAUCCUUCCGCCUACCAGCCGUUUACAUCCGUCCACGAAGCCUGCGACUUCUGGGAUCUAGUAAUGCGCCGAAUCCUAUACUUUUCCUCCGUCGGCGGGGCCAUGGUGCAACCUUAUCCGGAAGACGACAAUACCACUACAAGUCGAAUAAAGGGGAAAGUCCACCCAAAUCCUGUGGCCAUCGAGCAAUACAACUUCAGGACAGCAUCGGAGCAGUUCUUUCGCUAUUUCGAUCCCGUUUUCAAAGACUCUCGACAGAGACCGGGAACGAAGGAAUACAUGCUUGCCAACCUCGUCAUGAUCAGAGCGUUAAUCUGCCGUUCUAACCUCUCUCAACGGCCGGUCGAAAGCGAGAUGCACACUGAUACCUUCUUAAGAGACUACAUGCUCAUGAUCGGGCUUGCCCGCGACCUGAUCGACAACGCAAAUAGCACGCCAAAGAAAGCAAUUUUCAACUUCGAAAUAACCUUGGGCAUUUCUAUCUUUCAUAUUGCGUCUGCAUGCCGGGAUCCAAAAGUUCGCAGGUUAGCUAUCGGCCUGUUGAACCAAUUCCCAAAUCCCGUAGCAUGGUAUGAUACAGAGGUAGCCGCGAAAAUUGUGAUGUGGAUAAUGCAGAAGGAAGAGGAAGGCAUGGUGAACGGAUUCAUACCCGAAGGAGCAAGGUUAAAACUCCACAAGCAUGAAACGGGACCACACAAGCAAUUCGCCAAUCUUUACAUCUCGAAACAUGUUUGGAAAGAUGGAGUUGCAGCAAGAGAAAUGGUUCCUGAAGUGCGGAUACCAUUGUAACAUGCUUCCAGAGUAUUGGUGUUGUGGACAGGAUGUUUGCGGGCUGGUUUUUUGGAGAAUUGGGCGUUGUUGCACGUCACUCUGACACGAGAGGGUUGAGCAUUUACACUGGGGGUAAUUGAAUUCAAUAUGACGGCGUAACGCAUUGGGUGGGCAGAAGUAUUCGGAGGAGCGAAGGAGAAUACUUUGGAGCAGUUCUUGUGGCAUGGCUUGGACCAAAAAGGAUUCCCUCUGUUUCUCUUUAAUGAUGUGUAACGAACUUAAAAGCUUAAAUAUGGAUAAUUCCAGAUGAUUUCCGAG